UAAAAGCGAGGGUAGACCAUCGACGAACCAGUGUGCUCACUGUCGACCAACAUGAACAGCACAGAGAAGCUGAAAAUCUUAGUUUUCUGCGGCUUGGUACUGUCGGCCGUGGCCGAGGAAGCCAAAAAGAUCACGCAGGAGUCGAGCGCACAGCCGAAGAAAGAAGAGAAGACGAAGCGUGGCUUGGAGCUUAGCUUGGGCGAUCAUGGCUUCGGAGGAGGUUUCGGCGGUGGUUUCGGAGGCGGCUUCGAACUUAGUUCCGGCGGCAGCGAACACAUAUCCACGGAUCACAUCAAGGCAGUCACGGUCACAAAGACUGUCCAUAUUCCCGAGCCUUAUCCAGUCGAGGUGACAAAACACGUCCCUGUUCCCGUCAGUGUACCAGUCAAAGUACCGGUCGACAAGCCAUUUCCUGUCCACGUGCCUCAACCCUACCCAGUCACAGUCGAAAAGCCUGUGCCCUAUCCGGUCGAGAAGCCAAUACCUUAUCCGGUAAAGGUGCCCGUCAAGGUGCCGGUAAAGGUGCCUGUGCCGGUCAAGGUACCUGUCAAGGUACCGGUCACUGUACCAAAACCAGUGCCCUACCCUGUCAAGGUGCCGGUGGUCGUGAAGGAGCCUGUCUUUGUGAAGGAACACGAACACGGAGGUGGAUUCGGCGGAGGAUUCGGUGGUGGAUUGUCACUGGGAGGUGGACACGAUUUCGGCGGUUACGGGCACUUCUGAAGCAAAGGCUCGAACUCCGUAGAGUGUCGAAGUCUUUGAUCUUCAACGUGCGUCUUGUCCAUCAAUUGCCGCAUGACAAUGUAACUGCCAAUUUCGCGAACUCGGCCUUCCGAGCUCGCGAGACGCUUGCUGGUCGAAACGCGACCGUCGAUCGACGAACAAGCGUGCCGUUCGUAGUAGACGUCAGUCGAAUGUACCAAUAUUGUAUUCACCGUGAUGCUGAACCUCAAAUUGUAUUGUAUAAUAUGUUUUUUAUGAACGAAUAAAAUGAUAUUUUUUUAUACAUAA